UCAGGGCUGUCUUAUUCUUACCCUUUGAGGACUUGCUGCUGCCGUUCAGUUUCUCUGUAUGUGUGUGUGUGUGUGUGUGCUGUUUCUUUAUACAAACUAUCAUCAGACAUCAUCCAAAUCUCUGCAAACGUAUUGAGUCAAUUUUGCUUGGCAUAUUCCAGAAAACCACUUUAGAAUCAGUAUAAAGUUGGGUUGUUUGAGGCUUCUGAUUCCAGUAAAAAAGGAAGUGAUUGAUGGAAGAUAAAUAUAGUCUAGUUAGGCAGCACAGUGAGAUAUGGAAAUCCUUGAGAGAUGGAGACUUUGAAGAAGAAGAAAUUUGGGAUGUUCUCAAAAACAGACCUGAUUAUAGUUCUGGAAUUCACAAACCCAAAGACAAGGAGUUCUCUCCUCUUCCUGCCCCUAGGCCACUUCCAACUUCAGCAAGAAUGAUCCUAAGGGAUAGCAGUAGCAAUAGUAGUGCUAGUUCCUCUCAUGAAGCCAAGGUUCUUCAGCAAUCUGCGCCUGUCAACAUUCCUGAUUGGUCAAAGAUUUAUAGGAAUAACCAAAAUAAGCCUCCCAAGAAUGUGUCAAGGUUUGAUGAUUAUGAUUUCCAUCAUUCUUUUGAUGAUGAAGAUGAUGGUGAUGGUGUUGUCAAUUAUGGUGGUUAUAGUGAUGACAAUGAAGAGGAAGGUGAUGAGUAUGAUUCCAAGCUUCCUCCACAUGAAUUUAUUGCUAGAAGACUUGCAAGGAGUCAGAUAUCCUCAUUUUCUGUUUUAGAAGGUGUUGGGAGAACCCUCAAAGGUAGGGAUCUUAACAAAGUGAGGACUGCUGUACUCACUAAAACUGGUUUUCUUGAAUCACGAUGAAGGGGGUCUCUUUCAAUAGUAAUAUACUAGUAGUAGUUCUUUCACAUUUGUGAUAUAUAAUGGAUUUGUAGUUAGUGGUUACUUAAUAAUGGAGGUUGUGUUCAUGCUUGGGGUAUAAAAGAUUCGUUUAGCCAUUUAGCAUGAAAAACAGUGAAUCAAAUUGGUUGUGACAAACUCAACAAAUUUCAAUCUCCUCCUAUUAUGUCAAAAUUCAUGGGAUCUAAUAUGUUGUUUAGAGCAUCCAUACAAACACAAUGAUGGAUGUGAAUCAUAAAGCCAUAAAUUAUUUACAAGGACAACCUUGUUUUACUUCCAAUUCUUCAGUGUGUGAUGUUUCCUGUUUGAGUUUUGGCUUCUUCUUUUUCUGUUUUUUAUUUUUCCCCUUUCAACAAAUCAAUCUCUUCCAUCCCUGGCCUACUUCCCCCUUCCUUUCUUGCCUUUUUUUUUUUUUCCUGCUUGAGAAAGUUUGAGACAAUUCUUAAGAAAUGGCCCAAGUUUUUACUCCCUAAAUCUUUAAGCGUGCAUGAAUUUCCCCCCUUUUUUAAUGCUAUUGUUGUUCCCAUUCUUCCUAUUAUUCUUGGUGGUGGAAGACAUAAUUGAAUUAAAACCAUAUAAUGAGUUGUUAAUUCCCAUUGGAUCUAAUCACACAUUGUUGAGUUGAUCAUCAAGUGGGAUGGUAUCUUGAGUUGGUGAUGUAUCCCAACAAAAUAAUCUGACUGGAAUUGAAGGGGGAGGGUACCUAUCUACCUGCAAGACACUCGGAUGCUUAAAUCUAUGUUUGAGUGAUUAAGUAUUGAAUAUAUGAGAAAGAUGAAUAUAUUUAGGUCGUUAUCUCUAUUUU